AAGCGGUGUCGUUUGUUGUUUUCCUACGCUGCUGUGUUUUGUUUUUGCCCUAAACUCCUAAUCCUUGACAACUAGGGUUUCCUCUCACCUAUAUAUAUAUUCAUCUCUCCUCCUUCCUCAUCUCACUAUAUCCUCAACCACUCACUCCAUACGCAACGUCUCUACCGUGUUCGUCUUCUUCGAAUCUCUCCAUCUCAUUCGAAUUAAGGGCCUUGGCUAGUAUACUUGCAGUCAGCAAAAGUGGAGGGCCUUAAUUUAGCUUCUUUUAUGUCUGAGCGGGAAUCUUGUUUUCUAUUGUCGAUUGGGUUGCUUGGAGAGUACUGUCCUUCAAGAGAAAAGGAUAGGCAUUCCGAUCUUGAAUUUAGCUGCAUGAAUCUCAAGCCACAUCAAGGAUUCAACGAAUUUCGUGACGAUUGUCAGCUUAUACGGCUUGUUCCUGAUCUCGAAGAAGAUAACCCACUUACCUUUUGAGUUAUUUCAGUGAUACCUUAUCACGAGGAGAAAAUGGCUUUACAGAACAUUGGUGCAGGGAACAAGGAUGAUGCCUUCUACAGGUACAAGAUGCCUCGAAUGAUAACCAAAAUCGAAGGUCGUGGGAAUGGAAUCAAGACCAAUAUAGUCAAUAUGGUUGACAUUGCAAAGGCUCUGAGCAGGCCUCCUUCGUACACAACCAAGUAUUUCGGCUGCGAACUGGGAGCUCAAUCCAAGUUUGACGAGAAGACUGGAACUUCCCAUGUGAAUGGGGCCCAUGAUACUGCUAAACUUGCCGGACUUCUUGAAAACUUCAUCAAGAAAUUUGUUCAGUGCUAUGGCUGUGGGAACCCUGAAACUGAAGUCAUCAUCACCAAGUCACAGAUGAUCAAUCUCAAGUGUGCUGCUUGUGGUUUCAUCUCCGAUGUUGACAUGAGAGACAAGCUCACAACAUUCAUUAUCAAAAACCCUCCCGAGGCGAAAAAAGGUUCGAAGGACAAGAAAGCUAUGAGGAGGGCUGAGAAGGAGCGGAUGAAGGAAGGAGAGGCAGCGGACGAAGAGCAGAAGAAACUCAAGAAAGACGUUGUGAAGAAAAAGGGUUCGAAAGACGUGGUCCCACCAAAAGCAGCAUCCAGUAAGAAGAAAUCCCAUAACUCUGAUGAGGAACAUUCGCCAGCUGGCAGCCAGGCGGAGGAGCACGAACCAGCCGCUGCAGCUGAUGACGACAGUGACGAUGAUGUCCAAUGGCAGACUGACACCUCUGUGGUUGCUGCACAACAGACAAUCCAGGAGCAGCUGAAUGCUGUCACAGCUAACAUGGUCAUGCUUGCAGCCAAUGAAGAUAAGGCAAAAUCUGGCAAGAGCUCUCCACGUGGGGAAGCAAAACCUAAAGCUGCUGUUAAUGGUCACACAAACGGCGUCAAAAAAUCUGGCAAAGCACAACUUGUUGAUGCGAUCAAGGAUUACGUAAAGAAGGGUUUGCCACCUGGUGAGCUAAUGGAAUCUCUUUCGGGCACCCACCAAGAGAUUAUUGAUGCCCUUUUCGAGGCCCUGUUUGAGGGGGUUGGGAAAGGCCUGUCUAAGGAGGUUUUGAAGAAGAAGAAGUACAUUGCAGCGGCUGUACAGGACGAGAGCUCGCAGAUGAUGCUGCUCCAUUCUGUGGAGAUUUUCUGUGGGAAAGCGGGUCCUGAUGCAGCGAAAGAGAUUGCGUUGGUUUUGAAGGCGUUUUAUGAUAAUGAUGUGCUGGAAGAAGAGUUCAUUGUGGAUUGGUAUGAGAAGGGGUUGAAGGGAGAUAAUAAAGGCUCGUUGAUUUGGAAGAAUGUGAAGCCGUUUGUCGAGUGGCUGCAGAGUGCGGAGUCUGAAUCUGAAGAGGAGUGAAUGAGUGAGCUCUAAUGGACUUUUGCUUAUUAUACACAGUUUUUAUUGUUAUGUCUUGUGCUUUUUUUAAUGGUUUUAGUUGUGUGGUGUUUCAUUUGGUGUUGGAUAUCGGUGUGUUAUUGUGAGUUGGUUAUGUUGUGUGUGUUUUGUUGGUCUUCAUUUGUUUUUUGUGGUGUGGUUGCUAAUAAAAGUGAGAUGUUUCCUUGUGCGACUUUAA